UGAUUGAUUGAUUAAGGGGAGGAAGAAACCAUUUUUCCGAGGGGAGGAAGGAGAAUGCCAUGUGGCUUCAUUUUCCAGUUUCAGCUUCUGACCAGCUGGGGCGAUCCAUACUACAUCGGUCUAAAGGGGCUGGAGUUGUACGACGAACAUGGAGAAAAAAUUCCUUUGUCUGAAAACAGUAUCCUUGAUGUCCUGCCCUCCUUGAAUUCCCCUUCCCUUCUCCUUGUCGAUCUGUGGAAAUUCGGGAGGAGCGAGUAGCGCGCCGCGUAUGUCUAGGAGAAAUCUGUUUACCGAAAAAACCCACUGGCCGUGCCUGCCUGGGGCACACCUAAAAGCUGUUUGUUAAAAUGUCACACUAUCUGUGAGUAUCGUAACUGUCGUAAUGAUACCGCACAGGCUAGUCAGCCGACAGGAGGGUUUGAUAACAGGAAUCCAGGGAAAUCUUUAAACUGCCAGGUUGAGCCGGCACGAACUGUAUUUUUUCCAGGAGGCCUUCCUCAUAUGUACUGCUUGAUUGCCUCAGGAGACGGUCUGAUUACAAUCAAUCAGUCGUAUUUCACUCCCUGGAGGGUCUACCUCCAAGUCAUUCAGCCGGUCUUGUCCCUAGGACGGCCCUGGACACUAUCUUAGGGAGGGGAAGGGGGGCAAGACUGCGGUUAGAAGCAUCCAACGUGCAAGUGCAGCCUGACGGGUGGAUGCAUUCGUGUUCAGAUUCGCAUGGAAAAGAUCCUUUGACCUGGAGAAUAUCGGAUUUGGGAUACCGUACCGCUCCUGGGUUGGAUACUGACGGUCUGCAUCUUUUCUGUCAAGUGAUAAUUGAAGUCCUUGAGGUCUCCUCCAGGAAAAGAUCCUUUGACCUGGAGAAUAUCGGAUUUGGGAUACCGUACCGCUCCUGGGUUGGAUACUGACGGUCUGCAUCUUUUCUGUCAAGUGAUAAUUGAAGUCCUUGAGGUCUCCUCCAGGAAAAGAUCCUUUGACCUGGAGAAUAUCGGAUUUGGGAUACCGUACCGCUCCUGGGUACUUACGGUCUGCAUCUUUUCUGUCAAGUGAUAAUUGAAGUCCUUGAGGUCUCCUCCAGGAAAAGAUCCUUUGACCUGGAGAAUAUCGGAUUUGGGAUACACCGCUCCUGGGUUGGAUACUUACGGUCUGCAAGUGAUAAUUGAAGUCCUUGAGGUGAUCUGCCUUGCCCUGUGGACCUCAUCUUGAAUUAGGAGUUUGAUUUGCGGUUCACAGAUUUUGGAGAAUGCACUGAGCUGGCGAAAUUGGAUCUUUUCAGGGGAAACCUGGCGAAUUCUUCCUGGAGACAUCAAGUCUGGCCAUUCCUUUCGAUGCCUAACGUUGUCGAAGCCGAGAGGACAGAUGGUUCUCACCGUGGGGAGAACAGGCCUGAUAAAAACUCUCCAGAAGAGGCACGUCAAGAUGCCGGAAAAUCUUUCUGCAGCCCAAGCGCUUCGGCUAUGUCGUUGGGUGCUGGAGGAGGCGGGCAUUAUCCGUGGAGCUGCCCUGUGACGCACACCCGGGAAAAGAUCUACGCCAUUUGUUCCGACUACGCCUUUCUCAAUCAGGCUGCUUCCCUUCAUAAAACUCCCAGCUCUCCUCUUUCUCCUUGCCUCCAGGAAAACUCUGCCUUAACCGUUGGAAAUCACUCCCCUAGGUACAUCGCCGUCCCACCCAGUUCAUCUGAGAUCAUCUACAGUGAAGACACGAGCUUGGAGAGUUUAUCUAGUAGCCUAGGGAAGCUGCCGCUUGCGUGGGAAAUUGACAAAUCCGAGUUUAAUGGCAUAACCUCAAAUUUGAAAAGCAGAGCAGCCAACAUGAAGAAACAAGUUUCCAAAAAAAAGACCUUGGAUAAAAAGGGCAAGCACCAUCGGGAGUAUCCUCAGUAUACUACUCUUGAAGACAUUAAACAACGGAAAGUGUUAGACCUCAGAAGAUGGUACUGCAUCAGCCGGCCACAAUAUAAGACGUCCUGUGGUAUCUCCUCUUUAGUAUCCUGUUGGAACUUCUUGUACAGCACGACGGGAGCAGGAAACCUCCCACCUGUUACUCAGGAAGAAGCUCUGCAUAUUUUGGGAUUUCAACCCCCAUUUGAGGACAUUAGAUUUGGCCCUUUUACUGGAAAUACAACAUUAAUGAGAUGGUUUAGACAAAUUAAUGACCACUUCCAUGUGAAAGGUUGUUCUUAUGUUCUCUAUAAGCCUCACGGGAAGAAUAAAACAGCAGGAGAAACUGCUGCAGGGGCUUUGUCCAAGUUAACGCAUGGAUUGAAAGACGAGUCACUGGCUUUCAUUUAUCAUUGUCAGAAUCAUUAUUUUUGCCCAAUCGGAUUUGAAGCAACCCCUCUUAAAGCUAACAAAGCGUACAGCAGGAGUCACCUCUUGCAGCAAGAAGUAGAAUACUGGAUCUUAAUUGGAGAACCAAGUAGAAAGCACCCCGCCAUUCACUGUAAAAAAUGGGCAGAUAUCGUUACUGACUUAAACACUCAAAAUCCGGAAUACCUUGAUAUUCGGCACCUAGAGAGGGGACUGCAGUAUCGAAAAACGAAGAAGAUUGGAGGCAAUCUGCACUGUAUCCUAGCCUUCCAGAGACUAAGCUGGCAGAGAUUUGGCCCCUGGAACUUCCCCUUUGGAAACAUUCGUCCGGAACCGCAACCUCAGACAAACGUCCAGGGAAUCGCUAAAUCCGAGAGCGAAGACAACAUCUCCAAGAAGCAGCGCGGGCGCUUGGGCCGGUCCCUCAGUGCAAGUUUCCAUCAGGAUUCGAUUGGGAAGAAGAUAUCCAGCAUCAAUGAAAGAAGGAACAGCGGCUACCAGGGUUAUCAUGAUUACGAUGGGAACGACUAACUGUUCACCCUGGCUCAGUUGGUGUCCUUAGACUCGUGGUAGGGCAUAGGCUGUUGUAAUAAGCCUGUAUUACAGAAGAGUAGAACAGGUAGCGCCAACCACCGUCUCAUAGUCCUUCAGCUUGCGUAGAGUGGUGGUUGGGUGAGUUAAAAUGUGUGGAAUAACAGAUAAGCACAGAUUGUACCUUUGUAAUUAAACAAAAGUCGGGAUGAAAAUUCAUUUUGGGGGGAAUACAAACACGAAACAGUGGAUGCUAGGGUCCAAAUGAGUCGAAUACUAAGUACACAAUGUAAUCGAUAUGUAACAUUCAACAGAGCAUGAGGAGAUUAGUGGAGAUUAUUCCACCGAGGUAUCAAGGUGUAGUUUUGUUUUCCGCUCGUAAAAAGUGAUGAGGCGUCCAAAUUUGAAGACUAACCGAAUCCCCAAAUGGUUAAACGCCCACUUAAAUUGACUUAUUGAGUCAGGUUCUCCUUAUGGGUCAGCACCUCUCUAAAGCUACCACCACUUUUGACCUUUUUUGGUCACUUUUGUUGGAUGGCAAAAAGCAACGAAACAAAUGACUGCCUUAUGUAGGGUUGCGAGGGCUUCACUUCUUGGAUUUGCUUCACUUCUUGGGUUUGCUUGAUCCGAGACCUGAGCUAGGUGACUGAGGAUUUGGAAAACACUAACUAGGACGGUCUUAAACCAGGCCUAGGUUUUUCGGGAUGGGGAAGAUCUGGAGAAGGGAAAAAAGGGACUGUGGGUCGAGGGAGAGUGGUUUCAGGGGCAGGAGAGUGGCCGAAGCCCAGCUUGUUAACAUUGAGUGGGAGUGUGGAAGGAGGCUAGAUGAUCUGUUGUGAUAUUACACUAGGAUCUCCAGCUCUAAAGGGACGUAGGUGGGUAAGAGUAAUAUUAAAGGCACUUAGGAUUCAACUGUUCUGUCUUUGUUAUACAGUGGAAUUUAACCAGCUACCUCUUUCGAGCAGCAAAUUUCACUUAACUGUUCAAGCAAGCCUUGGAAGAGAAAGAGGGGGUUCCCACAAGAACCAGGUGAGCUGCUGGAUAUUUUCCCUCCACUGCCAAUUUGAUGAUGGUGAUUCGUUCCUGCCUUUCACUUAUUGCACAAGAGGGUUUUGAAGGUACCCCUUAAUUAAUGGCACUGGUCCUCUGUGCUGGAGAUGCUGGUGGUAUCUUUGUAAUGUAUCUCUAGGAGAGUAUUCAGCCUUUCUAUUAUCAGAUAUGCUUAGAGUUCUCUAUUGGAUUCUUUAGCCAUUUACCCCCCCCC